UGGUAUAUGUAUCGAUAUGUUGUGAACAUCCCUACGCACGUGUUGCUGUGUUGCUAUCUUAUUUAAAAUAAUAUAACAUGGUCAAAAAGCCGGACAAAUCAGUCAAGCCAAAAGCAAAGCUUACAAAACAGGAGAAUGCUACAACUUCAGCACAUGCCCAAAACGCUGAUUCCGAGUCAACCGGAAUUUGGAAGGAUGCGCGCUUUCAGCAUUUAUUGGCUGACCCGCGAUUUCGUGGUGUACCCAAGGUGCAGCGCAAAGUGAAGAUCGACAAGCGUUUCCAGGGUAUGUUCGACGAUGAGAAGUUCAAAGUCAAGUAUACCGUGGACAAGUAUGGUAGGCCCGUAAAUAAAACAAAUGCCGAGGAUCUGCGCAAGUUUUACGAGCUGGAUGAAAAUGAGAGUUCAGAUGAAGAUGAAGAGAAGAAAGAGUCAAAGGAUGCCAAUGAGGAUGAGGACGAGGAACGCCGGGCCGAAGAGCUGGCCAUCAUACGCGAUGAUAAGGCUAAUGACGCUCUGCAGUUAAACAGUGAUGAUGAUGAUGGUUCCGAUGUACCUGAGAGUUUACGAGAGCGUCUAACAAAUCCAAGCAUCGAUUAUGCCCGCGGAGAGGGACGCCUAAUGACUGAUUCUUCGUCGGAUGAGGAUAGUACGGAUGACGAUGAAGAGGGAGGCCCAGAACUGCAAAUUGAUCACGUCUGGGGUGAAUUGGAUAUAGAUGCGGAGUGCACGGAGGAGUCAACACGACGUCUGGCUGUGUGCAACAUGGACUGGGAUCGCAUACGUGCGCAGGAUUUAAUGGUACUGCUCAGUUCUUUCCUGCCUCCCGGCGGCAGCGUUCUCAGCGUUAAGAUCUAUCCGUCCGAAUAUGGUAAGGCGCGAAUGGCCGAGGAGGAUGUGCACGGUCCUACAGAGCUGGUGAACACUCAGCCUGAAAGUGAUCUGGAUUCUGACGAAGAACUGGUACGCGAGCAGGACAGCGAUGCAGAAGAAGGCGACGACUAUCACAUGGAGAAAUUGCGUCAAUACCAGCUGAAUCGCUUACGGUAUUACUACGCCGUCGUUGAGUGCGACAGCGCCGCCACGGCGGACAAGGUAUACAAGGAGUGCGACGGAAUUGAGUAUGAGAGCUCCGCGACGCGUGUAGAUCUACGUUUUAUACCAGAUGACACGGACUUCGCUGAAGACAUGCCCACGGACGAGUGCUAUGAGUUGCCGGAUGCAAACAAUUACAAGCCGCGACAGUUCACCACGACGGCGCUGCAGCAGGCGAAGGUGGAUCUCACUUGGGAUGAAACAGCAUUGGACAGGCGUGAACUUGGCGACAAGCUGUCCAGCGGCAAGGUGGAUCAGCUGAACGACAAAGAGCUGCGUCAGAUUGUCGCCUACAGCAGUGAAGAGGAUGAAGAAGAAGAUGAAGAAGAUCAGGAACAGAAGCAAACCGAAAUUGAUAAUGAACAGAUAAAUGCAACAAAACAAACUGACGCCACUAAGAGCUCAUCUAAGGGUCUCAAGCAAAAAGAGCGCAUUGAAAAGUAUAAAAGUCUGCUAGCCGAAAUUAACGCGCAGGAGAAGAAGUCUAAAGAGAAAAACUAUGAAAUGGAAAUGUCCUGGAAUAUUGAUGCGCCCGAGGAUAACGUCGCCAAGGCACCAGCGAGUAGCAGCAGUAAACCUCAACUUACACCCAUCGAAAAGGUGCUGCAGAAGCGCAGCGAGAAGAACAAACAGCGUAAGGAGCAGCGUCGUCGCAAGCAACUAGAACUUAAGGGCAUUGAUCCCGAUGCAGCACAAAGCAGUGAUAACGACUCUAUACCCGACGGCAUUGAUAUGAACGACUCCUACUUUGCUGAAGAGUUUGCCAGCGGUGAUUACGAGCAGCCCAAGAAGAGUAAAAACACCAAAUCGAAGAAGCAAAAGAAUAAUAAAUCAACGGCCAACGAAGCGGAGGCGGAGUCAGAGGCGCAACUGGCGUUGCUGCUGGAUGACGACGAAGAAGGACAACAGCAGCCAAAGCAGCACUUCAGUCUAGCCAAAAUCCUAAAGGAAGAACAGGCAACCAACAGCAGUAGCAAGCGCAAACGGCGCAAGCAACUCAAGAAGUCGAAAUCCAGUGAGGGCAAACAGCAGGAAGAGGAUAACUUCCAAGUCAAUCUAAACGACGAACGCUUCAAUGCGGUCUACAAGUCGCACGAGUUCAACAUUGAUCCCACGCACUCCCACUACAAGCCCACUAAAGGCAUGCAGCAGCUAAUUGGCGAGAAGCUUAAGCGGCGGCAGACCCAAAACGUGCAGCAGGAGCCAGAGCAACCAGCAAAGAAGCGUUCCAAGCAACAGCUGGAGCAGAGCGCACUGGUAAAGAGUCUUAAAAUGAAGAUCCAACAGCGGAAGGCGUAGAGUUAGUCUACGGUUA